AUGCCGAAGAGGUGGACGUAUGCAACAAAUCCAGAUGACGUGGAGCAGUGUGCUCCAUCGGAGCUGGAGAAGCUCUCUGCGUUGUCGUUUGAUGGCUUCUGGGAAGGCACAAUGGCGGUGGGAGACACCAUGAGCUCCACAACUGUCAUCAUUUCAGGCAAGAACGUCUUCCACGAUGGGAGCCUCUUUGCCAGAAUCAAAGUGCUGAAUGCGGAGACCUGUGUCAUCAUCACGGACUACGAAGACGUGCGUGGCUACCUUAGCACCGAUGGUAAGGCCAUCGAUUGGGAAGAUGGCGACUGCUGGCGGAGAGUAGCUGCUCCUCAGUCUGGCCAGUACGAGGAGGCCGCCUCGGGCUACCGGGCGAGCAAAGUAGCACCUGGACAGGCGCGUGCACUUCCCGUCAUGGAGGCCCUUCUCCUCCGGGACAGUGAGUCCUUGGCUAAGCUGCUUGAUGGGGGAACAUCCCCGGAGCAGGAGGUGAAGCUCACGGAAGCUUUCUGGGAGUCAAUGCGGUGGCGCCCUGAUUCCGGUGAGCCAACUUCGAUACC